UUAAAAGACUUACUUACCUUCCUAGAGAGGCCACAAGGCACGGAGGAGGAAGAAGAAGCAGAAGAAGCAUCACUUCCGGGCUUGCACCCCUACUGUGGGAAAGUGGCCGUUGUAUUUCCCACGGGCACAGGAUGAACAGCUCCAGUGGGGCUGAUUAUGAGAGUGUUGGAGAGGACAGGACUGCAGAAGAGAGGGGAGGCCUUGCACGAGAAGAAGAGACUGGGGCUUUACCAGGAAGAUCCCAAGAGAACAUUUCCUUGCUUCCUGAGACCACAGAUGACAUUUGGGAGAAGAAGGAGGAGGAAAGAACAUCUGGGAUGGUGCCGGAAAGGGCUGAGAAGAUUAGGAGCCCAGAUGAGCCACAAAGGCAAGAUGGAGAUCGCACAGAGAACAGGCGGAAGGAAUCCUCUCCUUUUCAGAGUGGAGAUUUCCCAGAUGUUCAGCAAACCAUAAACAUUGGAGACAAUAAGAACAAAUGUACCACAUGUGGGAAGGUAUUCAGGGAUGACUCAAACCUUAAGCGACAUCAGAGAACCCACACAGGAGAAAAACCAUAUCAAUGUCUGUACUGUGGGAAGAGUUUCAGUCGGAACACAAACCUUGCUUCACAUCACAGAACCCACACAGGGGAGAAACCGUAUAUGUGUUCAGUUUGUAGCAAGACUUUCUGUGAUAAGUCAAGUCUUAACCGACAUCAGAGAACCCAUACAGGGGAGAGACCGUAUGAGUGUGAUGAGUGUGGGAAAAGCUUCGAUCUGAGCCAGUCUCUUAUUAGCCACCAGAGAACCCAUACGGGAGAGAGACCGUAUAGAUGCUCAGAAUGUGGGAAAACUUUCAACCGGAGUCAGAAUCUCCAUAGCCACCAGAAAAUUCACACGGGAGAGAAACGGCAUAAGUGCUCAGAAUGUGGGAAAAGUUUCAGUCGCAGCCAGAAUCUUACUAGGCAUCAGAGUAGCCACACAGAAGAUAAAUUGUAUAAGUGCUACGAGUGUGGGAAAAGUUUCCAUCUCAACCAGUCCCUUAUAAGCCAUCAGAGAAUUCACACAGGAGAGAAACCAUAUAACUGCUCUCAGUGCGGAAAAAGCUUCAACCGGAGCCAGAACCUUAUUAGUCACCAGAGAAUCCACACUGGAGAAAAACAGUACAAAUGUUCAGAAUGUGGGAAAAGCUUCAACUGGAGCCAAGAUCUCCUCCGUCAUCAGAGGAUCCACACAGGAGAGCAACCGUAUCACUGUUCUGAAUGUGGGGAGCGCUUCAAUCGGAGAGAGAACCUUAUUAGACACAUGAGAAUACAUCUGGGAGAGACUACUUAAGUUACAAAGAGUGUGGGGAAACCUUCAGCAGGAGCCAGUCCCUUAACAUUCAUCAAAGAAUCCACAUGAGAAUUUUUUUAAAAAAAAAUCUAGCAUGGAGACUAUUUCCCUUUUUAUUUUGCCUUCGUAUUUUCUUUAAAAGUUUUGAUAAUAUCACAAAAAAGGCAUAUUGUACCACAUGUUUGUAACUGAAGCAUUCUUAUUUUAAUCUCUGCAAAGUAGAUUGCAGUAAAGCCAAAUUUAAAUGAAUAGGAAAAUGGAUGGAGAAAGGGCCACACAACUAGUUCUGCAAGGCCAAGGGGAUUUGAGGCUUGUGUUCUGAGGGAGCUUUCAUAGGAACAUACGACGCUGCCUUGUACCGAGACAGAUCAUUGAUCCAUCUACUUCAGUAACGUCUACAAUGACUGACAGUGGAUCUCCAGGAUUUCAGGCAGGGAGUCUCUCCCAACCCUACCUGGAGAUGCCGGAGAUUGAACCUGAGGCCUUCUGCAUGCAAAGCAGAUGCUCUAGCACUGAGUUAUGGCCCUUUGUAUAAGCAGCUUACGAUACAGCAAAACUGUGUCUGUGUGUGUGCAUGCCUGUGUAAAGGAAAAAGUCAAAAAUCCUAUAUGGUGAUGAUGGUACACCCUUGCAAAUAGACCCACAAAACUUACUAGCCUAUUUUUUAAUUAUUAUUAUUAUUAUUUGAUUUAUAUCCCGCCCUU